AUGUUCACAUGACGCAGAUUUUUUUUCCUUUUUUUAUGUAACAAUCAGGGUAUCUGUGAGAAGAACAGUUCUGUAAUUUGACAAAGACCGCGGCAGCUAUCGCCAUGUAUAAACACGCAGUUAGACGAAAAGCUGCGUGUUCAUAGCAUUCACGGACACGUACAUGCUAAAAUGUCGCUACAACCACAAGUGGCGGAGGCACCGGAGGAAAGACGGAGCUUCUUCAUCGGCGCGGACCCGGUCUCCGGAGGAGAGGAGGACCACCAUGAGCUCAUACUGGAGAAAGGAAACGCUCUGGCGUCGAGAGACUGUCUGAAGGAAGCCAUUGACUGGUUCUCCGCGGCCGUGCGGUACGGCCCCGUGCGACCCGAGCAGCUCAGCACUUUCGUGGACUGUAUUCUCCGCAAUUUCAAGAAGAAAACGGCCGAACGAGAGGGACCUGCAGGCCGGAGCGAGGACGGAGGGGAGGCGUUGCUGGAGUGUCCCAGCUGUCGGGGCUUUUUGGGGGAACCCGUGACCAUUGCGUGCGGACACUCGUACUGUAAAAGAUGUUUACACCGGCGGUUGCUUUCCAAAUGCAAACUGUGCUGUGAAGCCGUCAGCGGCAAGGAGAAAGUGAAUGUAACUCUGUGCGGACUUGUAGAGAAAUGUUUCCCAGAGGAGCUGAAGAAGUUGAAAACAUUAAGUGAAGUGGACGCCAUGUGUAAAAGAAAACGCUUCAGAGAAGCCGUUUCACACGCGACGGAUGUGCUCCGGUCAGAUCCACACAUGAUGGCGGCCCGACUGUCCAGAGCAGAAGCGUACCUGGCUCUGAAGCAGUACCGCCUGGCUUUAGAGGAUGCAGAAUUCUGUUCCAGAUCCACCUGUUCUGCUGAGGUGUUGUUUAGGAAGGCGAUGGUGCUGCAUGAAAUGGGGCAAGUGGACAAAUCCCUGCAGGUCUUCCUCCACUGCCUGUCUGUUGAUGAGGACUUCCCGGGAGCUAAAAGACAAGUGGAAAAGAUCUUGUGUGACCUUCUCUCCCCCGCUGAUGAGAAUAUUAAAGUCGGCCUGAGGGAAACCACUCAGAACACGUUGCCUCAUUUGCGCAGCAAAGCCCUCAUGGCAGAAGCACAACCACAGAGCCCGGUUCAGAGAGCACACCAACAGCAGAACCGAGCUGUUUCUGCACACCAAAUGAACAGCCAGGAGAAGCGCUGGGAAAGUCUGGAGCGGCCCGGCCUGAGCCGGACACAAUCGCUGCGAACGCACGGCUGCAACAGCGGCGAAGAGGGACUGAAGAGGGUCAGCUCUGCUCCUCAGCUGGGCGACCAGGACAAGGGAAGUCUGCUGAAGAGGAAGCUGUCCGUGUCCGACCUGGAAUCCUGCUUUGUGGACAGUGGAAGUAGCAAACACAAGAAGCAAGGUGUCACCAAAGGCUCCAAACUGCACAUUUCCAAAGCAAAGACCUGCAGAAGUGUUCCUGAGGGUAUGCUGGACUCCAGUGACUUUGAGUGUUCUCUUUGCAUGAGAUUGUUCUAUGAGCCUGUUACAACUCCAUGCGGCCACACCUUUUGUAAAAACUGCUUAGAGCGCUGCUUGGACCACACACCGCACUGUCCACUCUGUAAGGAGAGCCUAAAAGAGUACUUGGCGUGCCGGAAGUACAUGGUAACCACAGUCCUGGAGGUGCUAAUCAAACAACACUUGAGCCACGAUUAUGCAGAGAGGACUAAAACUCAUCUAGAAGAAACCAGAGAGCUUUCAGACCUGACUAAGAAUGUGCCUAUCUUUGUGUGUACCAUGGCUUACCCCACCGUGCCUUGUCCUCUGCAUGUCUUCGAGCCUCGUUAUCGCCUAAUGAUUCGCCGCUGCAUGGACACAGGCACACGGCAGUUUGGGAUGUGCAUCAGUGACUCCCAAAAAGGUUUUGCAGACUAUGGCUGCAUGCUGAUCAUCAGGAGUGUCCAUUUCCUCCCCGAUGGACGUUCUGUGGUCGACACAAUAGGAGGAAAACGCUUCCAGGUUUUGUCUCGAGGAAUGAAGGAUGGCUACAGCACAGCAGACAUUGAGUACUUGCAGGAUAGCAGGGUGGAGGACACAAAUGAACUGGAAAAGCUGCAGGAGCUGCACGAUGCAGUGUACGAACAGGCCCAAGUCUGGUUCCAGAACCUGAAGAUCCGCUUCCACAACCAGAUCCUGCAGCACUUUGGACCAAUGCCAGAGCGAGAAGCAGACAUCCAGGCGACUCCAAACGGUCCAGCUUGCUGUUGGUGGCUUCUGGCCGUUCUGCCCAUCGACCCUCGGUACCAGCUCUCUGUCCUCUCCAUGACCAGCCUCAAAGACCGUCUGGUGAAAAUCCAGCACAUCCUCACAUAUCUGCAGAGCAUCCCCAACAACUAGAGCUUCCCUGCAGCAAACACACUUCUUUCUGGACAUUUUUUUUUUUCUUUUCCCAAAAUUAAGCUUUAAGUUUUGCCUCCGUUACCAGCUAACAACAGUUAAAAUUCAACAGUCACUCAAAUUUGCAAUAUCCUUGAGAUGUGGGUCAAUAAAGAGGAUUUGGCCAAACUCAGGGAUACCCACUAUAUCAUUUUGUCUUAAAAAAACAGUCAAAGAAAUGAAAUAAAUCUUUGUAUUUAUUCUACAACUUUUACGGAGAACUUCCUUGACUGGUGUGCAUAAAAAAAGAAAACAGGAAAACGACUGACAUUCGUACAAAAAUAUUAUUUAAUACUGGUCACAUUUGUGUCUGUUUUUUUAAUUGGUAUACAUGGAGAUGAGGUGUGUUGAAAAAUAUUUCCCCACCAGAUCCAUGUUUAUUUAAAGGAGGGCAGAGUAAUUUAGUGAAUCCUGAAUGCUGAAAGUUGAUAAAAAGUGAUAGCAAGACGACACACUGUUUUACAGCACUUUAAGAAGGCACUCAAACAUACUUUUCAAUCAGACAAUUGAAGAUUUAGCAAAAGGGGAUGAAACUACAGGGCAACUGAGGCUGGUUUAUCAACCGUCAAUGAAAGUAUUAUCUUUGGAAAUCCACCUUUUUCUUGUUUAUCCUCUCGCUUAACACGCACAACUUCCAUUGCUGUCGGUGCUGAGUGGCAGAUGUCCUCUUUUGUUAAUAAAGUUAUAGAUUUUUCAUUUCUUCCCCCAUUUUUUUCACAUGUAUUAUUGUUGAGAGUAUCCCUGAAAUAUAUAUAUAUUUUUCUUUUUCCAAGUUCUUCCUGUGAUUUCUUUGGGGCUCUCCUCACUUUUUUCUGUUUAGCUCACAGUUUAAAAACAUUUUUUUUUCUAACAAAAAAGUUUUGUCUUUUGGAAACCAAAAUCUUCUGCGGAUUUUCAAAUGACAGUUUCAACAGUCAUUGAUUCCGUUCUCAUAUUCUCCCUCGUUUAAGCUAAAUUUAACCUUCCGCUAGAUAAUUGUGAAUUAAUGGAUGAUAAAAAAUGAAUUUUGACACCAUUUUAUUUUCCAGAAAUACUAAGGGGUUUUUGCAAUAUUAUGACAAAUCUGAACCAGAAAAAGAACUUUUCAUGGGGGAGCAUUUGUUUUCAUUAAAAGCUGCUUUAUCUGCUUGGAGGAGGAGAAGGAUGCCUGCAUCGCUUCAGUUGCAGGACUGCAUUUUGCCUUAUACCAUUUUUGCAUCAAUAGGAUGAUUCUGGGCUUGGUUUCCAUUCCUUCUUUUGGCCAUAGCAUGAAUGUUUUUUUUUUUUCUUUUUCUGUCUUUAUUUAGUUUGAAUUAUAUUGUUCACAUUGUUUAAAAUCUGAGCAAAACAUACAUCCUAAGUUUGAAGUUGUUUAAUGUAAACCAUUUGUAUAAAAAGUUUUGGACAAAUGAUGCUUUUUUUUUUUUUGCUCACAUGUUCUAAGUUAUCAAUUUUCAAAAUAAAUGCACUUUUUCAAUAUUA